AGCGAGGAGAAUGAAGUAUUGAAUGGUGGAACGUCCUCUGCGUUUCCCACUCCUUAUCUCGGCUGGAGUGUCCACAGAGCGGGGCGAAUGUAACUAAUUAAUUCGGAGAUCUCGAGGUUAUUUCACAAUCGUCAAGAGUGCGAGAUGAAAUCCGAUGCGGUCAAUGUAAUGUUACACCGGCGAGAGGCAGAGAGAGAGGGAGAGAGGGAGAGGAAAAAUGGAAAGGGAGGGGGCUUGCAAGGCCACGCCCGCCCCGUGACGCUGCUCUACAGAACCGCGGACAGGAGUGACACUAGAUAGACGCACAUUGUGGGCUCUGUAUGUCUGCGAACACGGUGAGCUCUUUCGGAGGGUACAGUGACUUUCAAUGGAAGAGAUCAAAGGACGCAAGGACGGGGAGAAACUUCUCUUUAACGCCCGCGCCUCCCUCUCCGGCUGUUCCCGGUGGAUGUGAUUCUUGACCUAUCGUUGGGUAUUUGGGAAGUCUGCAGUAUGUGUAGAAAGCAUUGUAUCCAGAUGCAUCAUGGUUUGGUAUGGCAGCUGCUCUGUCCAAGACGACAAGAAACUACAGAGACCUGUGGACACAGCUCAGCACGUCACAGAGACCAGCCUACUUUCCACAGACUCUGUCUACACCUUCUGCUGCCUCGGAUGAGCAGUCAACACAGUCAAAGACCCCAUUCUCUCUUCUCCAUCUCUCCAUGUCCGGAAGAUGCUUUUUACAUUGUUGGAACACGGGCCAACCUGUUGAUGCUGAAUGGACAACCUUGGCUUUGAUACAAUGGAGGAAACUUUUUCUAACUUCUCUGACUUUACGAGUAGUCCAACCGCUGCUAUCAACAAAACCUGUUACUUGACCAAGGGCUUCCAGUUUUACUACCUGCCCAUCAUGUACAUCAUCGUCUUUGUCACCGGCUUCAUCGGCAACAGUGUUGCCCUCUGGAUGUUCAUAUUCCACAUGCGACCUUGGAGUAGCAUCACCAUCUACAUGUUCAACCUCGUCCUGGCCGAUCUCUUCUACGUCUUCUCCCUGCCCAUUCUGAUCUUUUACUACUUCAACAAGACGGACUGGAUCUUUGGUGAGGCUCUGUGCAAGCUGCAGCGGUUUAUAUUCCAUGUCAACUUGUACAGCAGUAUCUUGUUCCUCACCUGCAUCAGUGUCCAUAGGUACACGGGGGUUGUCCAUCCCAUGAAGUCUCUGGGCAGGCUGAAGAAGAAGUCAGCCAUCAUCGUCUGCACAUGUGUGUGGAUUGCUGUGGCAGUCAGCAUCUCCCCGAUACUGUACUUCUCCAGGACAGGGCUCAGGAAGAAUAAAACCAACACCUGUUAUGACACAACGUCAAAGGAACUCCUUCACACGUACUUCAUCUACAGUAUGAGCACUACCUUCUUCGGAUUCUGCAUCCCCUUUGCCAUCAUCCUGGUCUGUUACGGUUUCAUAGUGAAGGCGCUGAUAUCAAAUGACAUGAAGACUCCUCUACGAGGCAAGUCCGUGCGUCUGGUCAUCAUUGUGUUGCUGGUCUUCGCAAUCUCCUACCUGCCCUUCCACGUGAUGAAGAAUCUAAACCUUCAGUCCAGACUUUAUUACCAAGGGAUAGACAUGUGCACGUGGAAUAAUAGGGUGUACGCCAUGUACCAAGUGACCAGGGGUCUUGCCAGUCUCAACAGCUGUGUAGACCCCAUCCUGUACUUUCUGGCUGGUGACACCUUCAGGAGGAGGUUUACCACUGCUGCAAGUAGGUUUGUGUCCAGGCGAUGUGGGGCUCAACAACCAUUCAGGAGUGAAGAAAGUCCGCUGCAGGCGAUGUCAACUAUCUCACAAAAUGGAGACACUUCCCUCUGAACCUGUAUUUAGGCAGUGAACUGUGUCAUUUUCUGUAGGUUCAGCAGGUACUGUAAGCUAUUGCACUUGAGGCUGAUUUAAUUUCAAAGCUUUUGUCUCUGUAGGAAAUGACGAUGAGUGAGGUAUUCAGGAAUUAAAUGCUCAAGCAUGCUGUCCUUACAGAACCACUCCGAUUCCAAAUCAGAAUCCAUUGUGAACCUGAAACUUGAAUUUUUAAAAAAUUGUUUUGGCAUUUGACAAGGUUUUUAAUGGUCACUCCACUUCCUGCAGCAUUGCGACCCUCCCUCCCUGUCCUAACAGUACCACCAUGGACGCAUUUAGAAAAGGGCUUAAAAGGUAAAGAGAUUUGCUUUAUUUGCUUACAAGUACAUCGAAAAAACACCAUGAAAUGAGUUGUUUCGCCUCAAUGAGCAAUGCAACCUGAAAGUGUGCUGGAGGCAGCUCACAAGUGUCACCAACGCUUCCCGCGCCAACUUAUUGUGCCCACAAAUUACUAAAGCUAACCUUCAUGUCUUUCUGAAAGGUAGGAGGAAUUGGAACACCCGGAGGAAACCCAUGUGGUUACGGGGAGAUUGUACAGACCCCUUAUAGAUGGUGGAGGGAAUUGAACCCUGACCUUUGGAAUGCUGUUGCAAAGCAUUACGCUAACCGCUAUGCUACUGUGCUGCCCGUCAGUCCCAUCCUGCAGAAGAUACCAAACCCAACUCUGCCCAUCCCCAUAAAGUGGCACAGUGCCGCUGUUAGUAAAGCUGCUGCCUCAUGGCUCCAAUAAACCAGGCUAAGUCCUCGCCUCUGAUGCUGCAACAUUUGUCCCUUCUCCAUGAAGUUAAUUUUCUUGCAGGCAUUCACACCAGAACAAGGAAAUACAAUAGAGUCAAUGUAAAACCACACUCAAAGACAGACAAACAACCUGCAUGCAACAAACUAACAAUGUGCAAAAGAAGACAAGCUGUGCAAAUACAAAAAAGAACAAAUAAUAAUAAAAAAAGUAAAUAAAUAAUACUGAGGGCGUGAGUUAUAGGAUCCUUCAAAGUGAGUCGGUAGGUUGUGGAAUCAGUUCGGUGUUGAAGUGAGUGAAGUUAUCCAUGCUGAUGCAGGGGUAUGGGGGUUUUAGGUUGUAAUAGGGUUGCAUGUGACAAUGAGAAACUGUUUUCCACUGUUGAAUCUGGAAGGCUGCAAUGAAACUCCCUGAAGAGUAAGGUGUUGUUUUUAAAGCUUAUUGGCUCUGGCCCUGAGUACAGUCCUCCAUUGAAUGCAAAUAGACCACUGGACGCUAAACUACUCUCCACCUGUAUCUAAUAAGGUGGUCACUGAGUCACCAAGUAUACGUUCAUGAUCUGCUGCUGCUGUAGCAGAUCCACUUCAAGGUUCAAUAUGUUGUGUUUUCAGAGAUGCUCUUUUGCACUGUUAUAACAUGGGUUUAUUUGAGUUAAUGUCGUUGAUCUGGUCAUUGUCCUCUGGCCUCUCUCAUUAACAAAGCAUUUUCACUCUCACAACUGCUGCUCACUGCAUGUUGUUUAUUUUUCACACCAUUCCCUGUAAACUCAAUGGGGCCGGAGCCACCUCCAACGGGAUCCAACCAGCAAGAAAACUUCGCCACCUCCAAUGGGAUCCUGUAAGUCGGUGAGACCCGACGGAGAUUGGAGAUUGCCAAGCAUCUACGCUCCAACAGCCAGAACAAGCGGGAACCUCCAGUGGCCACCAUUUUAAUUACACUUACCAUUCCCAUUCCGAUAUGUCAAUCGAUGACCUUCUCCAGUGUCAUGAUGAGGCCACACUCAGGUUGGAGGAACAAUAGCCUAUAUUCCAUUUGAGUAGCCUCCAACCUAAUGGCAUGAACAUUGAUUUCUCAAACUUCUGGUAAUACCCCUCCUCCUCCAUUUCCCAUCCCCUUUUCUCUCUCUCAUCUUAUCUCCUAGCCAGCCCAUUGCCUCCCUCUGGGGCUCCUUUCACCAUCUUCUUUCUUCUAUGGCAUUCUGUCUUUUUCACCAAUCAAUUUCCCAGCUCUUUACUUCAUUCCUCCCCCUUCAGGUUUCUCCUAUUUAGACGAGGGAAUUAAAUGCAGCAUCUCCAAGUUUGGGGAUGACACGAAGCUGGGCGGCGGAGUUAGCUGUGAGGAGGAUGCUAAGAGGAUGCAGGGUGACUUGGAUAGGUUAGGUGAGUGGGCAAAUUCAUGGCAGAUGCAAUUUAAUGUGGAUAAAUGUGAGGUUAUCCACUUUGGUGCCAAGAACAGGAAAACAGAUUAUUAUCUGAAUGGUGGCCGAUUAGGAAAAGGGGAGAUGCAAUGAGACCUGGGUGUCAUUGUACACCAGUCAUUGAAGGUGGGCAUGCAGGUACAGCAGGCGGUGAAAAAGGUGAAUGGUAUGUUGGCAUUCAUAGCAAGAGGAUUCGAGUACAGGAGCAGGGAGGUUCUACUGCAGUUGUACAAGGCCUUGGUGAGACCGCACCUGGAGUAUUGUGUGCAGUUUUGGUCCCCUAAUCUGAAGAAAGACAUUCUUGCCAUAGAGGGAGUACAAAGAAGGUUCACCAGAUUGAUUCCUAGAAUGGCAGGACUUUAAUAUGAAGAAAGACUGGAUCGACUGGGCUUAUACUCGCUGGAAUUUAGAAGAUUGACGGGGGAUCUUAUUGAAACAUAUAAAAUUCUAAAGGGAUUGGACAGGCUAGAUGCAGGAAGAUUGUUUCCGAUGUUGGGGAAGUCCAGAAUGAGGGGUCACAGUUUAAGGAUAAAAGGGAAGCCUUUUAGGACCGAGAUGAGGAGAAACUUCUUCACACAGAGAGUGGUGAAUGUGUGGAAUUCUCUGCCACAGGAAACAGUUGAGACCAGUUCAUUGGUUAUAUUUGAGAGGGAGUUAAAUAAGGCCUUUGUGGCUAAAGGGAUCGGGGGUAUGGAGAGAAAGCAGGUACAGGGUUCUGAGUUGGAUGAUCAGCCAAGAUCAUACUGAAUGGUGGUGCAGGCUCAAAGGGCUGAAUGGCCUACUCCUGCUCCUAUUUUCUACGUUUCUAUCACUUGGUGGCUCUCUCUCCCCAUCCCACCCCCCAUCUUUCAAAUCUACUCCUCAGCGUGCUUUUCCCAGUCCUGAAGGGUUUUGGCCUGAAAUGUGAACUGUACUUUUUUUUCCAUAGAUGCUACUUGGCCUGCUGAGUUCCACCAGCAAUUUGUGUGUGUUAUGACUGUUGUAAACAACAAUUAACACGUUCAAGUGCUCUAAAAGGUUCAGUGCCCAAUGCUCUCUGGCGCCCUACACAGGCCCAGAGAACUCAUUACACCAUUAAGUGUUCCUGGAGUUCCAUUUGCUCCAUUCCCACAUUCCCACCAUGGGGCACCCAAAUCCUCCAUCUGAAACUGAACCCUCCUUCAUCUUACCUGUUUUGUGACUUACAAUAAAAAUAUCACCUUUUCUUUCCCACCCUUCCAUCUCUACAACUGCUACAAUCACUCAGUGUACAAAGUGAAUGAAUACAGUAACUGUAUGCAUAUUUUACAUAAGUUAAAUUAAUAGUACGAAAAGAGAAACAGAAGUAAAGUGGUGGUGUUUAUAGGGUUAAUGUUCACUCUGAAAUCUGAUGGCAGAGAUGUGUUUUCAAGCUCCUGUUGCCCCAUCCCUGAUGGUAGCAAUGAGUAAGAGGCAUGUCCUGGGUGAUGGAAGUCCUUAGUGAUGGCUGCCACAUUAAUGAAAGCAUCGCUCCUUUGAACAUGUCAUGGAUGCUGGGGAGGCUAGCGCCCAUGAUAGAACUGAUUGAGUUCACAACUUUUAAGUAGGGCAAUUUACAGUUAGUCUACCGACCUGCACAUCUUUAAGGUGCUGGAGGAAGACGGGAACCUGCAAUUCAUAGUGCGAACGUGCAAAGUCCAUACACACAGCAGCAGUAAUGUAGGUGGGACCUUGGAACUCUGAUGCAACUUAGCUGACCACUGUGUCACGAUAGCCACAGAGUCAUAGAGGAACAUAUUGUAGAAACAGGCCCUUCACCUCAUCUGUUCCAGACGUCCUCAGUAAUCGGGUGCUAAGAUAUCAGCAGCACACCACACUCUCUGUAGAAACUUACUAUCCACUUAAAGGAAAUCAUACAAUGGGAAUGAAAGUUAGCUUUUGUUUCCCUCAAUUUCCACCCCCCCCAUUCAGAUAUUCAGAUUCAAAUGGAGUCACACGGUAAUGUCGCGGUUAGUGUAACACCUUGCAGAACUAGCUGCAAGGUUGGGGUUCAAUUCUUGCCACUCUCUGUAACUGGAGCGACACUUGUGGCCUGCCCAGCACAAUCCUUUCUGAUAUGGUUUGAUGCAAAAUGACGCUUUUAGCUGCAACACACACAAGAUGCUGGAGGAACUCAGCAGGUCAGGCAGCAUCGAUGGAAAUGAUGUGGACUUCAGACUGAGACCCUCCAUCAGGACAGAUUUCACUGUAUGUAUUGAAGUACAUGUGACAAAUAAAGCUAGUCUUUAAUCUUUUAUAGACAAACCAUAGAUGAUC